AUGGCGGAGCAGGCCCAAAUUGAAGCAUUGAUUGACGAAGCUCUCAAUCGACAAAUCGAAGGUGGCCACCAUACACUAUGGGACUGCUUGGCUCUUGUUGGCCUUACGGCUGUAAACCAAGGCCACAACGGGGCUUAUCUUUACAACUCGGCCAUUAAAAAGGCACCUGUCGAGUCUCGACACCUGUUGUGGCGCCGCUACAUCGAUGCACUCUCAGAGAUGUGUAUCAUCGUCGGGAUGCCAAAGACGCUCAACGCUUUGUAUGCAAUAAUGCCCUUGGUCGACAAAGACGACCUGGCGUUUGUGAAAAGGUCUGACUGGGAAGCCGAUAACUCGGCGAGAGGCUGGGAGUAUGCGAGGUUGACACAUGGAGAUGGCUGGGCCGAAUCCUUCAAGGCCGCCAGUGCGUAUGCACCUGACGUCGCACAUAUAGCUAUGAAUGUCUCGAUGCAGAACCUCUUGUCCGAUUAUUCGGUACACGAUGGACAAGCGACCAUGGCAUUGUUGGUCACGGUUUUGAUAGCUAUGAACUGCCCCGUCCAAGCCACUUGGCACGCAAAAGGGUUCAUCAGGCACGGAGGUGAUAAAGAAAGUCUUGGCAAGAUCGCUGAGUUUGCGAAGAAGAUUGUACUCGCGACGGGCAACAGUCUCCCCACCAAUUUCCCAACCGUGGAAGCCAUGCUGGAGGAUAACUGA